UCGCGGCCUACAGGUCCUGCUAGGCGUCGUGGCUGCGCUUGGGGCUCCGGCUGGGACGCGGUGACGAAGGCAGUUACCAUGGAGUUGCGCAGUGUAACCCUAAAGUAGUGGGACGCAAAGGCUGUGAGGGAGGCGCGACUGCGGGUGAGUGAGUAGUAGUCCACGACUCUCCCUAGUCUCCAGCAAAAGCCUGUUCCCAGCUUUACAUCAGCUAACAAACUGGAACCUGAUAGGACAAUUCACACCACAUUGCAAAUGACUGAUGACAACUUUGUGUUCACCCCUCUCGGGGAGUAUUUCCAUUUUAACAGGGAACAAUCCCUGAGCCCAAAGGAAUGAAUCCCUAAUGGUGGAAUUUCAGGCACCAGUGACAGGCUGCACCCAGACUCCAGGCCGGUGCUCGCAGGUGCUGAAUGAUGGCUUGAACUAUGAGCAAGCAGGACUACAUGAAUACUUCGGUGCAGGAGCCCCCUCUUGACUACUCCUUCAAAAGCAUCCAUGUUGUCCAAGAUCUGGUUAGUGAGGAGCCAAGGACAGGGCUACGACCACUGAAGCAUUCGAAGUCGGGGAAGUCACUGACCCAGUCCCUGUGGCUGAACAAUAAUGUCCUCAGUGACCUCAGAGAUUUCACUCAGGUGGUUUCACAACUGCUGGAGCACCCAGAGAACCUGGCCUGGAUCGACCUGUCCUUCAAUGACCUGACUUCCAUUGACCCUGUCCUAACAACAUUGUUCAACCUGAGUGUCCUCUAUCUUCAUGGCAACAGCAUCCACCGCCUGGGGGAGGUGAGCAAACUAGCUGUCCUCCCUCGGCUCCGGAGCUUGACACUCCAUGGGAACCCCAUAGAGGAAGAGAAGGGGUACAGGCAGUAUGUGCUGUGCAGUCUGCCCCGUAUCACCACGUUCGACUUCAGUGGGGUCACCAAAUCAGACCGCACCACAGCUGAGGUCUGGAAACGCAUGAACAUCAAGCCCAAGAAGACCCACAUCAAGGAGAAUGCACUCUGAGCUUCCCUCAGGUCUAGAGCCCUGAGGACAGUCAGGUUGGCUUAACAAUAAAUGAUUUGAGCUGUUCAGCAGA